UAAGAUGGCAGACAAAUGGUCAUGGGUUCCUCCCUAAAAGCAUGACCCUUUCUCCCAGUUUUGCCCAGUUCAAUGUUUUUCACUACAAAGAAAUCAACCAGCCGAUUGAUCUCUAAUACAAAUAUAACGGCUGCCAUCAAUCAUGUUCAUCAUUGGCAUUAAAAGCUUCGACUAAACUAUUUGAUAUUAAACCCACGCCUCAAUCUCUAGCCUUUUUAUCUUACACCAACACACAUAUCAGAGAGGGAAAGGAGAGCAGGGAAGACGGAUCCAUGGAGAUCGAGAAAACGAUAGCGGUGGCGGUGGUGGUUGUGUUGGCCGCCCAUCAAUUCAAGGUAAGCAACAAUCAAUUAUCACUAUACAUAGCACCCCAAAUUCAUCGAUCUUAAUUUUUGAUUAAUUGCUUGUGUGUUGCCCUAAUUUACUAAUAAUCAGUCAAUCAUUUAUUUAAAUCAUGGUGAUUUCCAGCCAUCAUCGUCGACAGACCAGGUUCCUUUGCUAAAUUUUGGGGUUUUCCUUCUCGACCAAUUGUUUAAACGAAUUGUUGCCGGUGGUCUUGAUCGACCAAGAACCAAGUAUUUUCAUUUUUUAUGGCUUAAUUUGUUUGCUUUGUUUCAUGAACUUUAUGCUAUUGUUUGGUUUUGGUGUCCAAAAAAAUUAUGGAGUUUUAAGUUUUGGGUUCAUAUCAUGGCUAUGAAGUUGCUAAAAGGAUGGAAAGGGAUUUCAUUGGUUUCAAAAGAUUUAGUGGACUAAUUAACCGUUAUUGCACCAGCAAUGUCUACAACCUGUGAGUUGGCAAGUGAGUAAACAGAUCCUUUUAAAUUUCAUUUCACACGAAAAAGGCAAUUACAAAGCAAUGGCAGGUAAAAUAAUUUAUUCUUAAUUUGCAAUACUGCUCCUUGAAGUUCUUGUGACACAAAAAAGGGUUACUCAUGUUUUGGUAACCGAAGGUGCUGGCUAUAUUGGUUCUCACGCUACACUACGCCCUGUUAGUACAGGUUGGGAAGACCUGCAUUCACUUUUUUGUACUUGACAAUGGACUUUCGGGAUUUGAUUAAAAAAAAUUAAUUAUUUGAAGCUAUGAAAGAAUGAACAGACUUGUGGGGUUAUCUCGUAAGUGGAUUUAUUUUGAACUUUCUUUUCAUUUCUGAAAUAUAACUGGUGUGUAAAUGUUGUGCAGUUGGUUGUGAUAAGUGCCCCAACAAAAGGAAAGGAAUCGUGUUGCCAAAGGGUAUGGUGUCGGAGGGGUGCUCGCCGGAGUUAGAGGGCAUUUCAGUAUUUCACGGCGUCACAGUGGAUGGAGUUAGAACACCAAGCAUUGAUCUACAAAUACAUAACGGUUAACGCACCGAUUCCGUCUAAUCUCCUUAUUCCGAAAAGAAAAGCUCUUGAAACGACAGCGUUUUGUUAUCCCGGAGCCAAUCUCCGGCACACCGCCUAUGGAUGGGGUGGUUUCCAUAUGAGGUUUUCGAAUAACUCCGAUGAGAAGAAGUGGCGGUGCUCGAGGGACACAGUGGCGGAUCAGAAGUAUUGUGAACGACAUAUGAACAGAGGUCGUCAUCGUUCAAGAAAGCCUGUGGAAGGCCAACCGGGUCAUUCCAUCUUGUCGCCUCUAAGAAUGGGACUGGGAGUGGGUAAUACCACGGCCACCAACGUUUUCGAUGAAAGGUCUCAAGCAGUGAACUGGAUCCCUGUGUCUUGGGAAACCUCGUCGGGCGGGCCCUUAGGUGAAGUCUUGAAUCACAAUACAAACAACGGACUGUCGGCACUAAACCUGAUGACAGAUGGUUGGGACAGUGCUGCAAAGGGUUUUGGUUGUUUUUCAAAUAGUAGUGCAGGGAGCAGCCCAAGAACAGACAACAGUCUUGUUGGAUCCACACUCAUCACAUCUUCCUUGCCUUUGUUGUAAACUUUAACUAUCAUGAUCUUUGUUUGAAAAUUCAAUUAAUUAUGUGUACGUUA